AGAGGAGAAAAGGGGGAAACGCAGAAUUAAAGACCCUGUCAAUUUAGGGUUUGCGUUUAAUUGGUUUUCGGACACUUAAUCUUAUAUUUUGCGUUUUUCCACCUCACAAAGAUUCAAAGAUAACUUUUGGGACGAGGAGGACGGUUCAGUCACAAUGUCUGGGAGCUCCUCCUUUAUCAGUAAGAAAGAGGAGAAGGCAAAGAACAUCCAGGUGGUGGUGAGAUGCAGGCCAUUCAGCAUGGCGGAGCGCAAGUCUUCCUCUCACUCCGUGGUCGAAUGCGACCACGCUAGAAGAGAGGUCACGGUCCGAACAGGGGGGGUCGGUGACAAGUCGGCCAGGAAGACCUACACCUUUGACAUGGUAUUCGGGCCAUCGGCAAAGCAAAUUGAGGUCUACAGGAGUGUCGUCUGCCCCAUUUUGGAUGAGGUUAUCAUGGGCUACAACUGCACGGUUUUUGCAUAUGGUCAAACUGGAACAGGAAAAACUUUCACGAUGGAAGGAGAAAGGUCCCCAAAUGAAGAGUUCACUUGGGAAGAGGACCCUCUGGCCGGUGUCAUCCCACGCACACUUCAUCAGAUUUUCGAGAAGCUGUCAGAGAACGGAACUGAGUUUUCUGUCAAGGUCUCCUUGCUGGAAAUCUACAAUGAGGAGCUGUUUGAUCUUCUCAGUCCCUCUCCUGAUGUUAACGAAAGGCUCCAGAUGUUUGAUGAUCCACGUAACAAGCGUGGGGUCAUAAUCAAGGGACUUGAGGAAGUAUCUGUGCACAACAAGGAUGAGGUUUACCAGAUCUUGGAACGUGGUGCUGCCAAGCGGAAAACUGCCUCUACCUUGAUGAAUGCCUACUCCAGUCGCUCUCACUCAGUGUUCUCCAUCACAAUCCACAUGAAGGAGACCACUGUUGAUGGAGAGGAGCUGGUCAAGAUUGGGAAGCUCAAUUUGGUCGACCUUGCUGGCAGUGAAAACAUUGGCCGAUCGGGUGCUGUGGACAAACGUGCCCGUGAAGCUGGAAACAUCAACCAGUCCCUGCUGACCCUGGGCAGAGUGAUUACUGCACUGGUGGAGAGGACUCCACAUGUGCCCUACAGGGAGUCUAAGCUCACGCGCAUCCUCCAAGACUCCUUGGGUGGGCGUACCAAGACCUCAAUCAUUGCCACAGUCUCUCCUGCAUCUGUCAACCUUGAGGAAACUCUAAGUACUUUGGAGUAUGCCAGCAGAGCAAAGAAUAUCCUGAACAAACCUGAAGUGAAUCAGAAGUUGACAAAGAGGGCACUUAUCAAGGAAUACACUGAGGAAAUUGAGAGACUCAAACGUGAUUUGGCUGCAGCUCGGGACAAGAAUGGUGUCUAUCUGUCAACAGAGAACUUUGACAUUAUGAACAGCAAACUGGUGGCACAGGAGGAGCACAUAGUGGAGUUUACAGAAAAGAUUUCAGCCCUGGAAGAAGAAAUGAAGAGGGUGGCAGAGUUGUUUUCUGACAGCAAGCGUGACCUGGAGCUCUGUACGGAGGAGUUGCAGGAGCUCAGGAGGCAGCUGGAAGCAACCCAGCAGGACCUUCGGGACACCAGGAUGAGGCUCAGCGAGGAGGAGUUCCUCGUCUCAGAGCUGGAGAGCACAGAGAGCAAACUGUACGACACUGCAGGCAAGCUGCUGUCCACCAUCAAAGUCAGCACAAAAGAUGUGACUGGUCUGCACGAGAAACUGGAUCGCAAGAAGGCAGUCGAGCAGCAUAAUGCAGCCAUGCAGCAGAGCUUUGCUGACCAGAUGGAGGCCUCCUUCAGUCACAUACAGAAAUCUAUUGAAGAACAGAGUGUGAAGCAUCAGGGGAUGCUUGACUUCUACUCAGAAUCAGUGGCUGAACUUUUGAAUCGAAAUGGCACUGCUUUCAGUGAAGCCACAUCAACCAUUGUACGAUCAUUUAAAAGCAUCAAAGAUCUUGUCAGUAAUAGUGUGAUCAAAUGCCACGCGGACAUGGUGGAACAGGAGUUGUUGUGUCAAGCAGCCAAAGACAAGCUUCAGCAGGUUUUGGAUGAACAUAAGCAUGAAAUGGAGGAAGGGCUACUGGCAAUUAUCCUGCCAGGUCUCAAAGCCAUGAUGGAGAUGAAUGAAACUCUGAAGCAAACAUUUCACUGCCAUUCCCUCUUGGCUGGAAAGCUGGAGGGCAUGAAGUGCGAGAUGGCCUCGUUCUUUGGGGAGCACAUUCACGCACUUGCCAUGAUACAAGAGUCCACACAGAUAGGGCUCCGCUCCCUGCAGGAUGAGCAAGAGAACUUGAGGAAGCAGAUUGCCAAGGCCAAUGAGAAGCAUGCAACAGGCAUAGCAGAGGUCAUUUCAUGCCUUCAGAAUCAGCUGAACCUUCUGGGUAUGGACACCAAAAAUGACUUUGGAGAGCUGCUGAACCAGUCAAACGCUGUCCAGCUCCCAGUGAAGCGUCUCCAGCAGGAUGUCCACUCGCAAUGUACUGCAGCACAGAAGAGCGCCGCCGCCUGUCAGAGCUCUCUGGAGUCCUCUGCCAACGAACUCAUUGUCAAAGUCCAUCAGGUGGCUGAGGAAGGGAAGCAGGUAGUGGAGGAGUUCUCCGGCCAGUCCGGCUUCCUCAGGGACUCUGUCAACCAGGUGGCUGAAAAGAGCGCACUGUGGCACGAGGCCGCUGUGGCCAGCGUUGCAUCCUUCACGAAGGAGCAGCUGUUGCACAUUGCUGCCUGCAAGGCAUCUUCUCAGGACAUGAAGCAGUGUGUGGAAGAAAGCUGCGAAGACGCAGUUACGGAGGCAAGAAGGCAGCUUCAACUGAGGCACUCCGCUGUGGAGGAGACCCUGAUCUUCCUGGAGAAGCACAUCACCUCAGAUCGGGUCACUGCGCAGCAGUAUGAGGUACAGCUGUCUGACAGCACAAGCAGGGGCCUCUCCAAGGUGCACACUUUCCUGACGGAGGAGCUGAAACGGGACGUGCCCACAGGCCAGACUCCUCAGCGCAAGGACUACGUCUACCCCAGAGUCCUCGAGAAAACGCAGAACCGAAAUGAACUGCUGGAACACUUCCGAAAACAGCAGCAGGAGCUCCAGGAAGCUCUCUCGACAUAUGAGACUGUAAAGGAGGAGCAAGUCGAUCAGGACUCCUUGGAGGAUGAGGUUAGCACCUGCAAUGACAGUGCCAUCACAGAGCAUUCCUGCAUUGAGGAGACCAUGAUGUGCAACGAAAGUGGAAGGGCUCCCUUUUUUAAGCACAAGAGAGGUGGGAAGAAAGAAAACAAAUCUGAUCGAUCAAAGAUGGAAAAUGAGAAGCAGUCAACACCCCCACGGUCCAAGUUACCUCUGAGAGUUCAGAACUAA